CUUGGAAAAGAAACGCACAACAACAACCCACUUUUGCAGCUUUUACAUCAUCGUGUAUUCACCAACACGCGCGCACUUCCGUUCACUCUUAUAUUUUAUCCUUAAAAUUGUCAGAUUCUUUGCUAUCUUCACGCAAAAGCAAACCACAGUGAUGAUGAACUAGCUCUCCUUUGCCUCCUCCUAUUCUUUCGUGUUGGGUUACAUUUUCUUGGCGAAGAAAACCAUGUUUCAAAGAUUAUUCUUCCUUCUCAUUGUUUUUCUGUUUCAAGCUUCUUGUAUUUUUGAGAUUUCAUCUGCUCUCAAGGAAGGAAAGACAUGCAUUCUAAACAAGAACUGUGACGCUGGACUACACUGUGAAACAUGUCUAGCCAACAACAACUUGAGACCCAGAUGCUCUCGAAUUCAACCCAUCAACCCCAUCUCAAAGGUAAAGGGCUUGCCUUUCAACAAGUACUCAUGGUUAACAACUCACAACUCGUUUGCUCGAUUGGGGGAAGUAUCAAAGACCGGUUCUGUGAUCUUGGCUCCUACUAAUCAGCAAGACUCGAUCACAAGCCAACUCGCUAACGGUGUAAGAGGGUUUAUGCUCGACAUGUAUGACUUUGAAAACGAUGUCUGGCUUUGUCAUUCUUUCGAUGGGACGUGUUUUAACUUCACGGCUUUCCAACCGGCGGUUAACGUUCUAAGGGAGAUUCAAGUGUUUCUAGAGAAUAACAAGGACGAAGUUGUAACGGUUAUUAUCGAAGACUACGUAAAAUCUCCCAAGGGUCUAACAAGAGUGUUUGACACGGCAGGGCUACGAAAGUUCAUGUUUCCGGUUACUAGAAUGCCGAAAAAUGGAGGAGAUUGGCCAAAGCUUGACGACAUGAUACGACAAAACCAAAGAUUGCUAGUUUUCACAUCUGAUAGAAGUAAAGAAGCAACCGAAGGAAUCGCAUAUCAGUGGAAGUUUAUGGUUGAGAAUCAAUAUGGAAAUGGAGGGUUGAAAGCAGGAGUGUGUCCAAACAGAGCUCAAUCAGCACCUAUGAGCGAUAAAUCGAAAUCUCUUGUUCUUGCUAACCAUUUUCCAGAUGCACCGGAUUUUGUAGUAGCAUGUAAACAAAACUCUGCUCCUCUACUUGAAUCCAUCAAGGCAUGUUACCAAGCUGCUGGACAACGGUGGCCUAACUUCAUAGCAGUCGAUUUCUACAAGAGAAGUGAUGGUGGAGGAGCACCGCAAGCUGUUGAUGUUGCUAAUGGCAAUUUGAUAUGUGGUUGCGAUAAUUUUGCUGCGUGCAAGAUUUUGCAGGCGAACGGGCAGUGUGAAUAGAAGGACAGACUGAGCAACCAGAGGCAACUCUCAUCACCAAAAGCUUUGGUUGAUUUACCCAUCAGAGAUGUUGACUUUCUGUGUUUGUCUUCACCAUUGUGCAACUUGUUUUCUUAGUGUAAUGCUUAGGUUAUCUUACAAACUCCUAAUCAUAUACGAACCAAUCACUAAACAAUUUAUCUAUAUAAUAAAAACCACAAGUGAAUGAAUGUGAAACACCAUAUUUUUUUUUUAAAAUAAUUUAGCGAGAUUAA